CUCAAAUCUGGAGACGAUGAGCGUUAUAUAAUAAACAGAAAUAAUGUAUUAUCUGUCGUGCAACAGCCUGCCAGCCCCAGCCUGUGCAGAGGAAGCCAUGGCUGUAACAGACAGCGCACACUGUGUCCUGGCCGUCAAUUCAUGGGCGCAGAAAAAUCUUUUCACACUUGCAGGAGACGCAUGCGCGUAGAGGAAAACCAACUGGUUUGUGUCAAGUCGGGGCAGACGGAUGUGAUCGGGGCUGAAAAAUCACCUGGAUUCUGGCAUUCAUGGUGACACAUCCAUGGGCUCGGAGCGGCUGGAGAUGCGCAAGAGACAGAUGCAGGUUCACCAGGAAGCAGCUGCCAGUGUCCUCCACGCGCGCCACAGGAUGGGAAACACCCCCACCAACGCCUCAAACGCCUGCUGCUUCUGCUGGUGCUGCUGCUGCAGCUGCUCCUGUUUGACUGUGAGGAGUGAAGACGAAACCGUUCAGAGACCGCCUUUUGAGCCCAGACCGGAGGGAACCCCCAACUGUGAGGAAAGUCCGAAGCCCACUCUGGAGGAGGCCCGCUCCUGGGCGGUGUCGUUUGAGAGGGUGAUGAAGAGCGCGGCCGGGCGGGGCUGCUUCAGGCAGUUCCUGAGGACGGAGUUCAGCGAGGAGAACAUGAUGUUCUGGCUGGCCUGCGAGGAGCUCAAGAAGGAGACCAACAAGACCGUGGUCGAGGAGAAAGUCCGGCAAAUAUACGAGGACUUCAUCUCCAUCCUGUCCCCGAAAGAGGUCAGUUUAGAUUCCCGCGUGCGGGAAGUGAUCAACCGCAACAUGCUGGAGCCCACCUCGCACACCUUCGAGGACGCCCAGCAGCAGAUCUACACGCUGAUGCAGAGAGACUCGUACCCGCGCUACAUCAACUCCACGGCCUACACGGACCUGCUCAAGAGCCUGGAGGAGCCCCCCCCCCGAGCCAUAGACUCUCCGCCGCCGCGCGGCUAACCUUCCUGACGCAUGCAUCCCACACCAGAGGAGUUUUUUGUGUUCCACGUAGGACUCUCGCCACUUAGGGACAGACAGACAGGAUGUUGAACACUACUUAGAUUCAGUCUUUAUCCAGUCGUAACUGAUGUUUAUUCACCCACCAUUAGCUUACCAAAAGCCUCAGAGCAAACGAGAACAAACGCUAGGUUCAGCAUCAGUUACUGUACUUGUUUAAAAAAAAAACAUAUAUUUUUAUAUAUAUAUAUAUAAAUAUAUACACACACAUAUAUAUAUAUAUUCCCUAGCGCUUGACAUUGCACUUUUCUACCUUGUUUAAAUGAGGAAAAGCAUGUAUCUGUGAGCACUGCAUUUGUAUUUAGGUAUAUUGUGAGCCUUAAUGCAUAUCCAGUUCUUGUAGAAACUAGUAGGUUUUAUUUAACUGUAACUUAAGAAGGAAAGUGCCUUGGAAUAAUAUCUUCAACACACGCACCUUUGGUCUAACACGAACGGUGCGACAGCGACUUCACAUGUUGGUGCUUUCAGCUCUUUACAAAGAAACCUGAGCUGAUACCCAGAAAUUGACCUUGUCUGUUUGUUUCAAUACUGUGAUCUUAGUUAUAUUUAAUUUCAAAUAAACAGGGAAGAAAACACUGAAUACAUGACCAUGACCACUGAUAUAUUUGUGUAUUUAAAAAGGGAAUUUGUGCAAAAUGCCAAUUUGAAUUCUCACAAAUUAAAUAAAGCACAAUCAAAUGUUUUUG